AUGCUCAAAUUCGGCGUUAUUUUGGCGUAUUUCGCAAUACUUUUCACUACAGUCAUAACUGAUGAAUUUAUUGCGAUUAGCUAUCCGGAUGCAUUUUUAUUCAAGGAUUCCACAGAAACCCUACCACUGAAACAUAUCAAAUACGUACUACGGGCCAUAGUAGGGCUUGAUGCAUCCAUUAACGGAGAAUUUUCAGCGUUAGAAAUUAAAAACAUUUUCAAAAUACCAAAAUUAGCAUUGCUGGCAACGAUAAAGCUCGAUCAAAUAACAGACUAUUCAGCACUUGGCACCAUAAGCAAAUAUUCAAUUGAGGGGCGCAAUCCAGGCGCCAAUCUGCGAGGCAUAGUUGAUUUUGCGCCAUUUAAAGCACGCCAAACAUACACGAAUAAAACAAAAGAUAUUGAGUAUACGCGCUUGGAAAACCAAUUGAUCAGAAGUAAUAUUCCUGAAGCCAACACGGUUGCACAGGAGCUGCGAAAUCUUAUUAAAUCAGACAAUGUAGAAAAGAUAACUGUAGAUAUUCGGGCAAACAAUUUUGUAGCCUUCCACUUUUUCAACGAAAAAUCGCCAUUGGAAUUUGAAAAACUUGUUGAUACACUUAUGAAACUGAAAGAACUUUUCAAGUUUAAUUUCUUUGGCAUAUUAACCUAUGGUCCGGAUUCUUUUACACCCAAAAAUCAGAAUACAAUAUGGAUAACAAUUGAUCCUGUUGAUUUUAAACAGCAUAACGUAGCGCCAGCCUAUGAUGAAGACUAUGCAGUCAUAUUCAACAUUAUCCUUUUGUUUAUGGUUGGCUUUAGCUUUUCUCUAUUCGCUGUUGUUUUGGCACUCAUUAAUAUGGAUCCCGGAAGGGACUCGAUUAUUUAUCGCAUGACUGCUACCCGUUCAAAAUAAGAUAUAU